UCGGGGUUACAUGGCGGCGACUGCGGCAAAGCGAGAGCCUCGGAGACGCCGCUGCCGCCAGCACAGCCGGAGACCGGAGCCGACCGUGGGGUCAGUCUGCGGGCCCCGCAGCCCCUCGAUGAGUCGGAGGAGUCCCGUGGUACCAGAGUAAGAUGGACGGUAGCUUUGACUGUGAUUGUGGUGAGCUGGAGCCACCUGAUCACUAACAAGACAUCUUCUGUCAGCCACCAGCCACCAGGGCUUCCUGUUGAAAUAUAGCAACAGAGGAAGAAAAGAAGCCAAACGGAACUAAUGCUUACCAGCACCUUAGAACGAUGCUGCUCAGGACCAGUCCAACACUGAAUGUAUCUGCACUGUGAGGAGAAUGUUCAUACAAGCCUGUCGUGUGCAUAUUUAUUCACAUUUUUGUUAAAUGUUAAAUCGUUUAGCACAGUAAAUCUGAGUGCAUAGUAUGUCAUUUCAUUCCGUUUGAGUUUCUUGAGUGUUUCUUUAAAUGUCUGCGGAGUUGCUGCCCCUUUCUUGAACUAUGAGUACUGCAAUCUUUUUAAGUCUCAAUAUGAAUAGAGAUUUUUGAGCUUUAAAUCUAAGGGGAACUCAACGGGCCUGGUUGGCAUAUGCAAUGAAUAUCCAGAAAGCAUCUCGCUGUGGAAGCAUAGUUAUUUUUCUUCUCCCUUUUUGAAAGAUCUCUCCUUUUGAUGCCAGUUUUCUUCCUUGUUUACACAAGUUCAACAAUCGGAAAGGAAAAGGCAAUAGUAAGGGUUUCAAAAUGGCAGAGAAAUUUGAAAGUCUCAUGAACAUUCAUGGUUUUGAUCUGGGCUCUAGGUAUAUGGACUUAAAACCAUUGGGUUGUGGAGGCAAUGGCUUGGUUUUUUCUGCCGUAGACAAUGACUGUGACAAAAGGGUAGCCAUCAAGAAGAUCGUCCUUACUGACCCCCAGAGUGUCAAGCACGCCCUCCGUGAAAUAAAAAUUAUUCGAAGACUUGACCAUGACAACAUUGUGAAAGUGUUUGAAAUUCUUGGUCCCAGUGGAAGCCACUUAGCCGAUGAUGUGGGCUCCCUCACGGAAUUGAACAGCGUCUACAUUGUUCAGGAGUACAUGGACACAGACUUGGCUCAUGUGCUAGAGCAGGGCCCUCUCCUGGAGGAGCAUGCCAGGCUCUUCAUGUACCAGCUGCUGCGCGGGCUCAAGUACAUUCACUCUGCAAACGUACUGCACAGAGAUCUCAAACCAGCUAAUCUUUUCAUCAAUACCGAAGACUUGGUGCUGAAGAUAGGUGACUUUGGUCUUGCACGGAUCAUGGAUCCUCAUUAUUCCCAUAAGGGUCAUCUUUCUGAAGGAUUGGUUACUAAAUGGUACAGAUCUCCACGUCUUUUACUUUCUCCUAACAAUUAUACUAAAGCCAUUGACAUGUGGGCUGCAGGCUGCAUCUUUGCUGAAAUGCUGACUGGUAAAACCCUCUUUGCAGGUGCACAUGAACUUGAACAGAUGCAACUGAUUUUAGAAUCUAUUCCUGUUGUCCAUGAGGAGGAUCGUCAGGAGCUUCUCAGCGUAAUUCCCGUUUACAUUAGAAACGACAUGACUGAGCCACACAAACCCUUAACUCAGCUGCUUCCAGGAAUUAGCCGAGAAGCACUGGGUUUCCUGGAGCAGAUUCUGACCUUUAGCCCCAUGGAUCGCUUGACUGCGGAGGAGGCGCUCUCUCAUCCCUACAUGAGUAUUUACUCCUUCCCCACGGACGAGCCCAUCUCCAGCCAUCCUUUUCACAUCGAAGAUGAAGUGGAUGAUAUUUUGCUUAUGGAUGAAACUCACAGUCACAUUUAUAACUGGGAAAGGUACCAUGACUGUCAGUUUUCUGAGCAUGAUUGGCCUAUACAUAACAAUUUUGACAUUGAAGAAGUUCAGCUUGACCCGAGAGCUCUGUCUGACGUCACUGACGAAGAAGAGGUACAAGUGGACCCUCGGAAAUACUUGGAUGGAGACCGAGAGAAGUAUCUGGAGGACCCUGCUUUCGACGCCAAUUACUCCACAGAGCCCUGCUGGCAGUACCCGGACCACCAUGAGAACAAGUACUGCGACCUGGAGUGUAGCCAUACCUGUAACUACAAAACGAGGUCGCCAUCAUACCUCGACAACUUAGUGUGGAGAGAGAGUGAGGUUAACCAUUAUUACGAGCCCAAGCUUAUUAUUGACCUUUCCAACUGGAAAGAACAAAGCAAGGACAAAUCGGAUAGGAGGGGCAAGUCCAAAUGUGAGCGGAACGGGUUGGUGAAGGCCCAGAUAGCGUUAGAGGAAGCCUCCCAGCAGUGGGCUGAGAAGGAGAGGGAGAAGAAGCAGGGGUUUGAUUUCGAUUCCUUCAUUGCAGGAACUAUUCAGCUCAGCUCGCAGCAUGAGCCCACGGCUCAUGUUGUUGACAAGUUAAAUGACCUGAACAGCUCCGUGUCCCAGCUAGAAUUGAAAAGUCUGAUAGCGAAGUCAGUGAGCCAAGAGAAGCAGGAGAAGGGGAUGGCGAACCUGGCGCAGCUGGGGGCCUGGUACCAGUCGUCCUGGGACAGCCAGUUCGUGGGCAGCGGGGAGGAGUGCUUCCUCAUCAGUCAGUUCUGCUGCGAGGUCAGGAAGGACGAGCAGGCGGAGAAGGAAAACACGUCCACCACCUACUUGGACAAGUUCUUUAGCAGGAAGGAAGAGUCUGAAGUGCUAGAAACUGAGCCAGAGGAAGAGGGCAGGCUCGGGGCCAGCCACAGCGGGGAGUUCCUCUUUAACAAGCAGCUCGAGUCCAUAGGCAUCCCCCAGUUUCCCAGCCCCGUGGGGUCGCCACUAAAGUCAGUGCAGGCCACCUUAACACCUUCUGCGCUGAAAUCCUCCCCUCAAAUUCCUCACAAGACAUACAGCAGCAUUCUGAAACACCUGAACUAAAACACUCAGCAGACAUUUCCCUUCGUGUUUUUCAUGAAAUGUGUUUUGUCUUUUUUAUUACUAGUG